AUCUGUCUCUAUGGUUGCUGGCUGGCUAGCUGCGACGAGGCUUCCGGUAGUAACCGGAAGUGGGCUCGAGGUUCUGUGGGGCUAGCGGUGUUGGUGCAUUCCGUGUCUGAAAGAGAGACCAGCAACACCAGCGACUGCGUCCUCUUCCUCCUAUUCCUUUUGCUCGUUUUCCUUCGCCAGCUUCCUUCUAACCGGAGCUGUCUGCUCGCUCGCUCGCUCUCUCUCUCUCCCUUCCUUUGCUUGGCUUGUUCUUCUCCCCGUCCUCCCUCCCUUAACCUUCCUUCUCCCUCUCCUGGCUCGGGAGCCGCCCCCUCCGCCUCUCAGCUGGACUUCAGAGUUUAUCUUAGGAACUUCUGGGAAGUUAUUUUCUUGAAGUAAUGCCCACAGAAAGUGGAAGUUGUGCCACUGCUCGCCAAGCAAAGCAGAAGCGCAAAUCUCACAGUCUUUCUAUACGAAGAACGAACAGUUCUGAACAAGAGCGAUCAGGAUUGCAGAGAGAGAUGUUGGAAGGCCAGGAUUCUAAAUUGCCAUCAUCUGUAAGAAAUACACUUCUGGAACUUUUUGGCCAAAUAGAAAGAGAGUUUGAGAACCUCUACAUUGAAAAUCUUGAAUUACGUAGAGAGAUUGAUACACUUAAUGAGCGCUUAGCAGCUGAAGGCCAAACCAUUGAUGGAGCUGAACUGAGCAAGGGACAGCUGAAAACAAAAGCCAGUCAUAGUACCAGUCAGCUAUCUCAGAAAUUAAAGACUACUUACAAGGCAUCUACUAGCAAGAUCGUAUCUAGUUUCAAAACGACAACGUCCAGAGCAAUUUGCCAGCUGGUGAAAGAGUAUAUUGGUCAUCGGGAUGGGAUUUGGGAUGUCAGUGUCACGAAAACUCAGCCAGUGGUGCUGGGGACUGCAUCUGCUGAUCACACUGCUUUGCUGUGGAGCAUAGAAACAGGGAAGUGCCUCGUCAAAUAUGUUGGGCAUGCUGGGUCAGUAAAUUCCAUAAAGUUUCAUCCAACGGAACAAGUGGCUCUUACAGCUUCAGGAGACCAGACUGCUCAUAUUUGGAGGUAUAUAGUGCAGUUACCCACACCUCAACCUACUGCAGACUGUAAUCAAAUGUCUGGAGAAGAUGAAGUUGAAUUCUCUGAUAAAGAUGAACCUGAAGGAGAUGGAGAUGGCUCUAGUGAUUGUCCCACCAUCCGGGUUCCUUUAACUUUCUUAAAAAGCCACCAAGGUGUAGUCAUAGCAGCUGAUUGGCUGGUUGGAGGGAAGCAAGCUGUGACAGCUUCAUGGGAUAGAACAGCAAACCUGUAUGAUGUGGAGACAUCUGAGCUGGUGCACUCUCUGACAGGACAUGACCAAGAACUUACACAUUGUUGCACGCAUCCCACCCAGCGUCUUGUGGUGACCUCAUCACGCGACACAACUUUCCGUCUGUGGGAUUUCAGAGACCCUUCUAUCCAUUCUGUGAAUGUCUUUCAGGGCCAUACAGACACUGUGACGUCAGCUGUCUUCACUGUGGGGGACAAUGUUGUUUCGGGUAGCGAUGACCGUACUGUGAAAGUUUGGGACUUGAAAAAUAUGAGAUCACCUAUUGCCACUAUUCGCACAGAUUCUGCGGUAAACAGGAUUAACGUUUGUGUUGGCCAAAGAAUCAUUGCCCUUCCACAUGACAACCGGCAGGUUAGAUUAUUUGACAUGUCUGGAGUGCGAUUAGCACGGCUCCCUCGCAGCAACAGACAGGGUCAUAGAAGAAUGGUUUGUUGUUCAGCAUGGAGUGAAGACAACCCUAUAUGUAAUCUGUUCACUUGUGGAUUUGAUCGGCAGGCUAUUGGGUGGAACAUCAACAUCCCUGCCUUGCUUCAGGAAAAAUGAGAGAUGCUGGAAGAAUUCUAUUUUCCCCCAUGCAAUUUUGUUGCCAUAGACUUUUGUGCAGACUUUCCUGUAAGCUAGUCUGCUGUUAUUGUAAAAGGUGCACCUUGAAAGGGAGUGUGUUGCAAAUGUUAUUAUCACAUUGUGCACAGUUUGCAUGAAAUGUACAGAAAAAAUGUGACCUUUUCAAAGAAGCUAGUUUCUUGUGUAUGGACUUUUAUAACUUAGCAUCCACUGGUGAGUAGAAGGAUAUUUGGCUUUCCUAUGGAGCGUAUAAAUGUUCAUAAGUUAUUCAGCCUAGAUGAACAGUAGGGCAUUAUGUUUGACUUGAAUGUGAAUUCUGUGUACUUAUUGUGGAGAAUAUAUAGUCUGCCUUUCCCCCAUCAUUUUACAUAUCUGCCUUGUGAAUUAAGGAGAGUAUAGGGCUAAACUCUUAAAAUGAAGGGUGAAUUUCAGUUAGGAGUAUGGUGGAGAUUCCCCCCAGUGUAGUGUUAAGUUUUAAGGAAGGAGACAAUAAGUAACUUUUUAGCAUUGGCCAUAGAAUGUUGGUUUGCCAUGUUGGGAAUUUUUCUAUACAUUUCAAGAACUAUCUGGUUCUUACUUUGUUGGCCUGAGCCACCAUUCUGUGUUUUGGUGUUUUACAUAACAGCAAACUACAAAAUAUUACAAUCACGGCAAUCUGAGUAAGUUUUUAAGCACUUUAGUUUAUAGCAGCUGUUAUAAACCACAAGCAUCAGAUGACACUUCCUAGAAAAUGUGAGACCUGUAUCUAAGAAGGAUUUACAUUGUUACAUUUUUGUGAAUAUUUUUUUAAGCCAGAGAAUAAAUCUUCUUGUUUUGGUUUUUUUUAAAAAAUGCACCUGUGUUUUAACAUAUUUUUAAAUGGGAGUUCUCCCAUUGGAGUUCUGUUUUUGAGCCAACAACACAAAGGCCAAACUCCAAACAAAUCAAACUUGUUCUGCAUGCCCUCACACAUGACAAACCACUUUUGAAACUAAAGGGCCUUUCAAAAGUGGUUUGUUAUAUGGCUUGGUGGUUGGGAGUGGAUCUGCUGUUCAAAGAAAAAAGUAAAAAAUCUCACUGGGCAUGCCCAAACCCUUGGUCAUGUUAACAUAGUUGUCUGGAUUCUGACUAUUGUAACAAAGAAUGCUACCUCAAAAAUGAAUGUGGGGCUACUAUGAAUCUUGCAGUUUAAUCUUGAUAAAGCACUUCGGAUCUAAUUCUGAUGUGCUGUCUUAAAGAGUAGAAGACAAUCAUAGCAAAUUUCAAGCUUGAACUUUAUUAAGCUUAAUGGAGCAUUGCUACAGUGAGGCAUAACGUUCAAAGUGAACAUAGGUCCCUGAGUUGUUUCACACAGUUCUGUAGGUUUUCCUUAACUUUUACUCAACAGAACCCUGAUGGGUUUUGCUUUUCCUAUGUUUACUGUCAGCUUAUUGUGCUUGAUUCUUAUUUGCAAGCACAUUUGGCAGCUGACAGUUUUGAAGAAGAAUAUUGAGGCUGUAUUUAAGACUCCUUCAUAGAUUUUGCAUUUGUAGCUGAAGGCAAGCAAUGGUUCUCUUAACUUUCCAUCCAUAUCUCAGGGUUGGGGCCAAAAUAAUGAAAGCAGUAAUGUUGGUUGCAUAUAAACAGUUUAAAAUUUAUUCCCAUACAAUACCCUGAAUUACACAUUGUUGAUCAAUUCUUUCUUUUUGAAGUUACUGUCUUCCACAACCCUGCCCAAUAUGAAUUUGAGAAGCUGACUCUGGAAGAGAGUGGAAGCACCAUUUUUGAGAGUGCUAAUACCUUAGACGCGGGUUGUGGCAUAAAAUUGUAGCAUGACAAAUGGGAGUUAAGGUAGUUUAUGGAGAACUUAGAAGAGAAUUUAUGCAAGAAGUGUAUAUUAAUUGAAUAGAUUGAUCUGUUUGGGCAGAAGGAUAUAUGACGCCAAAGCUUAAGUGGCUAUGUGGAACUAGAGCCUGGAGCAAGUAAAUGGUGGAGAGUUUCUGAUUGUUGUCAAAGGUAUAUUGAUAAGUAAAUGAUGACUUUUCUUUUAAAUGCAUUAAAAAUGUCACCCUCCUCUUCCUUUUGGGAGAAUCUGUGCUGUGGUCUUUAAACCUGGGUCAUCUUCUACCCAUACUCCAUGGCAAAUCUCAAAUGAGUUGCGGAUGGCUUUAUUGCAUGUUUUAUUAUAUCCUUUUGCAGAAUGAGCUUCUAUUUGGGUCUUGCCACAGAGUGAUUGGAUGGGAAAACUGUGGAAAGAAGCAAACCUGGCAGUUCACCCAUUGAUUUCUCACUUUUUUUUAAAAAAAACACCCUGAUUUGCUUAUGCGCUCCCUGGCUAAUGGAUUUGAAGGCAUUUCAGUUGAAUGUUCAGUUUUGAGAGCAAUAAACUCUUUCAGAAUAUUCAGACCUACAUUAGGGAAAUGCUUGGGUGCCCUGAGGUCUAUUGUCGUGGGGCUUUCCCAUUGAGCCAUUUGAGCUAAUAGAUUCUCCCCUUCAGUGGGAGACAAUGGAUGCCGGCUGCAUGGACAGUUCAUAGGAUUGGGGUCUAUACAUUUUUAAAAUACAGAAGAAAUAACAGAGGAGCAUGGGGUUGAUGCUGUCCACUGUUACUGAGCUUUAUAUAUCACCAAAGGACCAGCCUCUUAUAGCAGAGAUACCUACAUGCUUGUUCUCAGCCAUAUGCUAUGGCUUCAUUGUAAGGGGCAAACUAGCUUAAGUGUUGUGUUGAGGCAACAGGUGCCUGUCCCAACAAUAGAUGAAUGGAAGCAGUGAAAACAGUUAUACAUUUCACAUUUUCUGGUCUCCACAUGAAAACAAACAGGUGUUCCAACAACUGCUGUGAAUAUUAAUCUAAUUAUGUCUUGCAUUUCACAUAGAAGGAAAGUGACUGUUACAUAUUUUCAGUAUUGAAACUUAGUUUUGCAUAAGAUGGCUGUAUCACUGGGCAAGUCACAAAGACCUUUCUCUGUCUAUCUGUCUUUCUCUGUGUACACGCGUUCUUCAAACACCGCACAUCAUUUUUUAAAAAAUGAAAACAUCUGGACCUGUUUCAGAAAUCAGAAGAAUCUUAUUUUGAUGCCUGAGUCUUUGAAAACCAGCUUCCACAGAGGAAGAAACGCCUGUACUUUUAUGUCAAUAUAGGACCACUUGUUUUGUGUUUACUGAUAUUCUGGUGAUUUGAUUGUUUGUGAAUGUUUUUUUAGAUGUUCAGUGUUUUGUCUUUGUUGCAAUGUGAAAAUGCCAUUAAAUCAUUCAGCAUAG